AUGGGGUCAGUCAGAUACGCGUGCAUGGUGAACGACCAAUUCGUGAAGAUAAUUGCUCUUCAGUUCGGAGUAAGCACGUUGGUAAUGUGUUCCAAUUUAUUCCAAUUGGCUAUAGCAACAAUUGACGCGAAUAUUGUGCCAUUGAUACUUUAUACGGCCUGCACUUUAUCACAGAUUUUUAUCUACUGUUGGUUUGGAAAUGAAAUUAAAAUUAAAAGUCUCCAAGUAGCGGAUAAUAUAUAUCGGAUAGAAUGGUUAGCACUUGAUAACAGCAUUAAAAAGAGUCUUUUAUUAAUUAUGAAACGCUCUGUUUCUCCUAUUGAAUUUACUACCGCAGUAGUCAUCACGAUGAAUUUGGAUUCGUUUGUAUCUGUACUUAAAGCGUCAUAUUCGGUUUUCAACCUACUCAAGCAUGCACGUGAAUAGAAAUAUGGAUAAAAAGAUUCACUAGAUUUGGGCGCUUUCUG